AUGGUUCUAGCAAGACAUAUCGACCCUGAAGAAGUCCUGAAGCGUCUUCAGGAGAGCUCUCCUCGCCAGCCGCAUCAUGGAACCUCGGAGCGCUCCUUUUCACACAUUACCCCGUAUUCUACGCGUUAUGGCAGUAGUCAAGAACUGUCCAAAUUCAGCAUCCCUCGGGAGGGUGCCCCGGCAGACACAGUCCACCAGCUGCUGAGAGAUGAACUCGAUCUCGAUGGAAGACCAACCUUGAAUCUGGCUAGUUUCGUCGGAACUUACAUGGAGGAUCAUGCCCAACAACUGAUGAUAGAGAAUAUCUCCAAGAACUUGUCAGAUGCCGAUGAAUAUCCCGCCAUGAUGGACAUGCAUGCACGCUGUAUCUCCAUUAUUGCAAAUCUCUGGGAAGCGCAGAAAGGUGAGAAAGCCAUCGGUUCUGCUACUACUGGCUCAUCCGAAGCCGUCCAACUCGGUGGCUUGGCCAUGAAGCGUCGCUGGCAAGAGAAGCGUCGAGCAGCAGGCAAAGAUGCCUCUAAACCAAACAUCAUCAUGGGCGCCAAUGCGCAAGUAGCUCUCGAGAAAUUUGCCCGAUACUUUGAGGUGGAAGCGAGGAUCCUUGACGUCAGCGAAAAGAGCAACUAUCGUCUGGACCCGGAUUUAGUCAAACAGAAUAUCGACGAAAACACAAUCGGUGUCUUUGUCAUUCUAGGUAGCACCUAUACUGGUCAUUACGAGCCCGUAGCUGAAAUUGCUACGAUUCUCGACGAUUACGAAAGAGAAACGGGAAUCGACAUCCCCAUCCACGUUGACGCUGCGAGCGGCGGUUUCAUUGCGCCUUUCACCCAUGCGAAAGCUGGUGGACCUAAAUGGAAUUUCGCUCUUCCCCGAGUCAAAUCCAUCAACACCUCUGGACACAAGUUUGGCCUUGUCUACGCGGGGUUAGGCUGGAUUAUCUGGCGAGACGAGUCAUACCUUCCCCAUGAUCUCAUUUUUGAACUGCAUUAUCUUGGUGGCACCGAGGAAUCAUACACUCUGAACUUCUCUCGUCCAGGAGCGCAGGUGAUUGCACAGUACUACAACCUUAUUCAUCUCGGAUUUGAAGGAUUCAGAAGUAUCAUGGAAAACUGUCUUUCCAAUGCCCGGGUGUUGAGCAAGAGCCUUGAAGCAACCGGUUGGUAUGUAUGUGUAAGUGACAUACACCGAAAGAAGGGUCAACACAAGUUUCUCGGAGCCGCAGAGGCUGUCUUUGGCUCCGGUAACGAAACAAGUGCCGAGUACAAUGCCGGACUGCCGGUAGUAGCUUUCCGCUUUUCCGACGACUUUAAGCGACGGUUUCCUCACAUCAAACAGAGCAGUGUCAGCGGCCUGCUCCGGGGCAAGCAAUACAUUGUCCCCAAUUAUCCCCUUCCUCCCAAGGAAGAGAAGACCGAAAUCUUGCGCGUUGUUGUUCGGGAGAGCAUGGCUCUGGACCUCGUGGAGCGGCUGAUUCGUGACAUUUGCGACGUGACAGAGACGUUGAUGACUACGGACCCUGUCGAUCUCGCCGCCUACCAGCCUUCUUCAUCGUCGAUAGAAAAGCAACUCGCGAGCCGUGGUCUCCGUCACAAGAAUCGUCAUGAGGCUAAGCAUCCCCCUCAUGAGGGAAUCCAUCGUGGCGUCUGCUAG